AUGAGUACCCCUACCCAUGACCCACAUGGGUAUCCCAAACCCAUGCUAUUGCCUAAUCACAACUUGAGCCCAGACUUCGCGCCUGAGACUUGGAACAUUUCAUCCACGCAAGACUCGCCGCCACCUCUCUCAUCCUACAUCUCCCGUCCAACUUCGAUCCAGAAACUUUCAGCAGCAAUGCCUGUUCAUACGAAUCUUAGUGACAUGUCAAAAACCGAAACUUCUAGUCAUCCGUCUGAGCGUGUCCCAAACAAUGCUCAACGAUGGCGACUCAAUGGUUCGGGCUAG